AGGAACUUGAUGUUGGCGGGGAAAGUGCAACUCCCCGAUGCUAGUAUAUAUAAAGACUUGGCCUUCUUGGGGGGACCCAUCCAGUAAAGUUCUGGGCUUCAACCAGAUUACAAGGGACUCGGAAUCAUGAAGAUUUCGCUUUCGAAGCUUUUCGUGUCACUUCUGCUGGUCGGUUUGGCCCUCAGCAAGGAAGAGGAUGUCAAAGAGGCACAAAGUGAGAAAGUAGCUGAAAGCACUUCGGGUUCUGAGAGUUCGGUAGGUGCUACGGAUGAGAAAAAGCACGGUAAACGUGGUUUGUACGGGUACGAGGGUGGCUUCGGAGGUGGCCACGAGAGUUUUGGGAGCAGCGGUGGUGGACACGAGUUCGAAAGUUAUGCCAGCGGGCACGGUUACGAAAGCGGUGGAACAGGAGGGCACGGCCACGAGGAAGGCAAGAUCAAGUACAUAACGAUUACGAAGGACGUGAAGGUGCCGUACCCCGUCGAAAAGAAGGUUCCGUAUCCGGUUGAAAAGAAAGUACCUUAUCCGGUAAAGGUUCAUGUACCCCAGCCGUAUCCGGUGGAGAAGAAGAUACCGUAUCCUGUCAAGGUUCUCGUCAAAGUACCGGUCCACAUACCAGCACCGUAUCCAGUUGAGAAGAAAGUGCCGUAUCCAGUUCACGUUCACGUCGAAAGACCGGUUCCCUACAAGGUUUACGUCCCCCAGCCGUACCCCGUCGAGAAGAAGGUUCACUAUCCAGUAAAAGUGCCAGUACCAGCACCCUACCCAGUUGAGAAGCCAGUGCCCUAUCCCGUCAAGGUACCAGUUCACGUGCCCGCUCCGUACCCGGUUGAAAAGCCAGUGCCGUAUCCGGUCAAGGUCCACGUUGAUCGCCCCGUCGCUGUGCCCGUAUCUAAACCCUACCCUGUACCAGUCGAGAAACACGUGCCCUAUCCAGUCGAAAAACCGGUACCGUAUCCGGUGAAGGUUCACGUGGAAAGACCAGUACCAGUACCGGUUGUUAAACACGUUCCAGUGCCGGUUAAAGUACCCGUGCCUGCGCCUUAUCCGGUCGAGAAACACGUGCCCUAUCCCGUGGAAAAGCCGGUACCAUACCCCGUGAAAGUUCCGGUUGAGAGGCCGGUCCCUGUUCACGUAUCCAAGCCGGUACCCUACCCGGUUGCUAAGCCAGUGCCGUAUCCGGUCAAAGUACCGGUGCCCUAUCCCGUUCAUCACAAAGAAGAACACCACGAACUUCAUGAACAUGGCUCACUCGGGGACGGCGGUGGUGAAGGAAUCAGUGCUGGUGGAUACGAACAUUCCAGUUACGGUGGUGAAUACGGAGGUGGCUAUGAGUCAGGACACGAGGGCGGGUACUGAUGGGGACCGAAGCAUUUGUGACGACAGCAAAUGAUCGAUGACUUUGUUUCUGCCACUUGAUUCAUCGUUCGUUCAUCUAUGCUACUCCUGAUCAUCAUCAUGAUUCAUCGGGUGAAAGAAAUCUAUUAGUAUUAUCUGUGAUCCAUGAAAAGCUCACUGAGUCUGUUUUUUCAAGAAAACAUAUCCGAAUGAAAGUAGCAAUACUUCCAGACAUCCUGCUUUUCGACCGGCUAAUUCAGCGACAAAAAAAACGUCGUCAGUCCAACUGAAAUAUUGUGGAUGAAUCUUCUCGACGACGAUCACAACUGAGGGACUCGGAGAAACCGCAGAGCCGAUAUGGCAAUGACGACGGUAGGGAUACGCCUUUUGUAAUAUUUACCUUUCUCAUGAAAAUACCUGACGUAGAAUUUAGUUCGUGUAUUUGCCGUUGCCACGGUGAGACUGUUACCAAUAUUCUUUAUGAUUAACGAAAAAUGUAAUAUUUACGUGACUACCACGAGAUGGUGUUUUAAGAACAACAAUGUGCUUCUUAAUAAAAACCAAAGAAGAAAAAUAUCUUCGAAAAAUAUAAUAACGAGUUUGAAGAAAUGAUCGGACUAGAGUUAUCCAUUUAUCCA